UUUGGUUGUUGAUCUUGCAACGUCUUUCUCCUUCACCACCAAUCAUCCAAUUGAGGUGCCGCUUGACGACCUCGCUCCACCACCUCGCUGCUUCUACCUCCUGCCCGACGAUUCUUUUCAUUUAUCGUCGAGAGCCACUCAGCCAUCCAGCCAUCUCCCCCCCUGAUAUCUACUAAUUGUUUCGCACACCCAUUUCCUAGGUGCAUGGUUGAGUCUAUUCCGGUCGAGCCCUUGCUGGCCCACGCCUUGCCCUGGAUCAACUGAAGUUCUUGCAGCUUUGAGAAUUUCUGCCCGUCUGCUCCAUCAAUCGUCGAAGAGAGCAGGUUCAUCCUGCCUGGGUCCUCAACAAUGUCGUAUCCUCAACUCACGCCGGCACGUCCCGUUCCUGGCGCCUUCAUCAACACACCAGCAAUAUCGCGGUUUCAACCCAACAGCGACGACCCCGUGAGGAGGAGGUUGUUUGGGAAUGACGCAAAUAAUGCCGGAUCCGGCGUAGGGGCUGCCGGUCCUCUAGGAGCGAGGCCUCAUCAAGUCUCCGCUCCGGCUCCGACGACUCCCGGUGCCAGCCGUCCGCUCUCCGUCGCUCCGCAAGCUCAACAACCGCCGCAAGAUGUGCCACCCGUGACCAAGGCCGCCCAGGCUGUCAAUCGUUUUCUUCAGGCUGAUCAAAGCUUUCCCGAGCUCGACUCGUACGCGAGAUCUGGCGUUUCUUCGGAUUACGAUCUCAUCAACAUUGACUCCGCCUGGGCUCCCUUCCACAAGACGCACAUGUACCCUAUCCCGAACGAAGUCUUCAACCAUUACAACGCCGGUCAGCUACAGACACUGAUGGGUCUGUUCGCCGAUAUUAACCAUGCUUGGGUUGCCAUUGACAACUCGCUGUUCUUGUGGGACUAUACCCAUCCCGACCCCGAGCUUAUCGGUUUCGAAGACCAGCCUCACACCAUCCACGCCGUCGCUUUGGUCCCCCCCAAGCCCGGCAUCUUCGUCGCUGAGAUCACCCAUAUGCUGGUCGUCGCCACAGCCUCCGACAUCAUUCUCCUGGGUCUUUCAGCCCAGACCAACGCAGCUGGUAACAAGACCGUCACCCUCUUUCAGACCAAGCUGAACCUGUCCCUGCGGGGAACCGACGUACGGCACCUCGCCGGGUCCGCCGAUGGCCGCAUCUUCUUCGGCGGAAGCACCGACACCGACAUCAACGAGCUCUACUAUCAAGAGGAGGAGCGGUGGUUCUCCAACCGCUGCGGCCGCAUCAACCACACCCACCCCAAAUGGACCUCGGUUGUGACGCUCCAGCCUGCCUUCUGGUCGGCCAAGACUCCAGAGCAUCUGAUUCAGAUCGUCGUCGACGACUCGCGCAAGCUUCUCUACACUCUCUCGUCCACGUCGACCAUCCGAACGUACCAUAUGGAAAACCCCAACAAGCUCACCAAGGUCAUCGAGAAGGAGAAGAACCACUGCUUGCGAGACAUCACUCACAUGAUUAAUGGCUCGCCCCUUAUUCACGAUAAGAUGCACUUUGUCUCCAUCAGCCCUAUCUCCUCCAAUGAGACCCCGAAACUCCAUCUCAUGGCCCUCACCAAUACCGGCUGUCGUCUCUUUCUCAGCGCCACCAACUCCGCCUCGUACAUGCUCGGCGGCGCAUCCAGUCUCGCGCCCCAGAGCAUGAUGGUGCAAUACAUCAAGUUUCCUCCUUCCGAUCAGCUAGGUCAUACCGUAGCUAACAGCGCCGGCGAGACGGUGCUGAACUUGUCAUCCCGAACCCUCGAGCAGAGCAGGCUGGGAGAGAGAUUCCCCCCCGGUUACUUCUUGGACUUUGUCGUGAAGGAGAACCAGCCCAAUUCUGACCUGCUCUUCGUCUCGGCCCCGGAAACCGGUCGAAUCAAAGCAACCGGUCCCACUUCCGUGCUCAAGUACUGGGAGCACGGCAACUGGAUCGACAUCGGCAGCCGCGCCGAGGCGGUCGGCCUGAUCACCAAACCCUUCGCGGCCGCCAGUCAACCCCUCGGCUUUGGCAACGAGCUUGCCGUCCAGUUCGACGAUCCGCCUAGCGAAUUUGCCGUCCUGACCAACACCGGUGUUCAUGUCAUCCGACGACGACGUCUAGUCGAUGUCUUUGCGGCAGCCAUCCGAAGCGCCGUGGGGGAUGAAGGUCUCGAGCAGGAGACGCGCAAGUUCAUCCAACUUUACGGGCGGGUGGAAACCAUCUCUUGUGCUUUGGCUGUCGCUUGCGGACACGGGGGCGAUUCGCGUCCCGGUGCGCCCCGUGCUAUCGAUCAGCUCACGGAAGACCGGGCCAGGACGGUUUUCGUCGAUUACGGCGGCCAGCCGACCAUUGCGGAGACGGAUAGCACGCCUCUCACCACCGAGUCGGUCCGGCUCUCCUCGAGGCACGACGCCCUUUGCGUCUACCUCACUCGCCUGAUCAGGACGCUUUGGAAGUCCAACGUCGUCGCUACCAACGGGGCCCUCGUCACUUCCAAGAUAGCCACAACGAAGCUGAUCACAGUGCAGGAGCAGCUAGAAAGACUACGGCGCUUCUUGAAUACCAACCGGGGCUUCAUCCAGGGACUUGCGGGACCCGUUGAUCUUCAACGGGUGGCUAGCAAACAGGAGGAGGUCGCCUUGCAAGCCGAACACCAGGCUCUCCACGCCAUUCAGAAGCUCAUGGAGGGAAUUUCCGAAGGCAUCUCGUUCGUGCUCAUGCUCUUCGACGAGCGCGUGAGCGACAUCUACAUGCGCCUGGAGCCUGCCACGCAACAGCAACUCAGGGAGCUCACGUUCGAAAAGCUUUUCUCCCAGGCCUCCGGCAAGGAUCUCGCCAAGGUCCUGGUCAAGUCCAUCGUCAAUCGUAACAUCGAGAGCGGAUCCAACGUCGAGACGGUGGCCGAUGCCCUGCGGAGACGGUGCGGGAGCUUCUGCAGUCCCGAUGAUGUGGUCAUCUUCAAGGCGCAGGAGCAGUUGAAGAGGGCGUCGGAGCAGGCGUUGAACAGCAACCAGUCGCGAAGCUUGCUCCACGAGAGCCUGCGACUGUUUGAGCGCGUCGCCGGCAACCUGUCCUUCAUCAACCUGUCGUCGGCCGUUUCGCAGUACGUCGAGCUGAAAUACUACGCCGGCGCCAUCCAGCUGUGCUUGGUCGUGGCGAAGGAGCGUGACAGGGGAAACAGCGCCCUGUCCUGGGUGAAUGAAGGCAAGCCCGCGAACGAUCCCCGUGCCAACGCGUUCGCCGAGCGCAAGCGAUGCUACGACCUUAUCCACGAUGCGCUACGCCACCUGGAUGCGGCCAUCAACCAAGAACCCGAGGAAGUGGACGGUCGGCUGACGCUUCUCGGCACCAAACGCCUCGAAGCGUAUGAGGUCGUCAACGGGUCAGACGAUGAGGUCUUCCACUUUGACCUCUACGAGUGGUAUAUUCAGCAAGGGUGGAGUGAUCGUCUGUUGUCGAUCGACUCGCCGCAUGUGGUCACCUUCCUCCAGCGCCUGGCCGGAACAAGCCUCGAGCACGCGGAUCUCCUCUGUCGGUUCUACACCCAAAGGUCCAGGUACUUCGAAGCGGCAGAAGUGCAAGCCGAGCUGGCCAUGUCUGAUUUUGCCAUCGGCAUCAAGGACCGCGUCACUCUCCUCAGCAGGGCCAAGGCCAAUGCGGAGGUGAAGACGGUGGGCAUUAGCCAACAACAGCAGCGGAUCCUGAUCCACAGCAUCACCGAAGAACUCGACGUGGCCAACAUCCAGGCGGACCUCCUCGACAGGCUACGGGCCGACUCGCGGAUCAACGACGAAAAAAAGGCCGAAAUUCAACAGGCUCUAGACGGUCGGGUCCGGGACCUUUCCGAGCUCUUCAACAGCUAUGCCGACAAAGCCUGCUAUUAUGACCUGUGUCUCUUGAUUUACGACGCGGCGAAUUAUCAUAACACUGCGACGGUCAAGCAGACAUGGUCGAACCUGAUCGAGCAGACACACGAGGAGGCGACGAUUCGGUUACAAGAGGCCGGCGAAGGCGUAGCGGUCGUGGCGGCGCAGUACGAGUCGGUGUCGGACAAGAUCCUCACGAUUGCCCACCGCGUCCACCUCGACAGCGCCAUCUUCCCCAUCGAGUUUGUGCUCUCGGAGCUGUGCCGGUACUCGUUGGACUACCGGCAGGACGGCGAGAUCGGAGCCCAGCCUACGUGGCCGGUGAGCCUGUUCGUCCGGCUGAAGGUGCCAUACCAGCAGAUCGUGCGGUCGCUGGAGAACGUCUUCGACCGGCAGGAGACGGGGUUCACGGGCAACCGCCGCAUCCGGGUCAUCGAGCUGAUCGUGUUCGCGGCGGAGGCGUGGCAGAAGGAGACGAGGCGCCACGGCGCGGUGACGAACAACGGCGAGAUCACGUGGAACUCGGUCAGGGACUUGUUGACGCGUUGCGAGGCGGCGCUGCCGUCGCCCGGCCAGCCGCAGGCGAAUCUGAACCCGGGCGGGGCGGAUGUGGCGGAUCUCCGUCGCGAGCUGCGCACUGUCCGGAGGGAUGUGGAGGGUCUUGUCGAGAGGAGCCAGGGUAGCCUGCGCUUUUUGUAAUCACCAUUUGGGGUUCUUGGUGGGGAGUUUGGGCAAACGGGAACCGUGACAAAGUAAAAGAAGAAACACGAGGCGCAGUUCGCCCCCAUUUCGUGAAGCAUUCGUCAUCUGUUCUGUGGCAGCUGUGCAAGUCAGGGAGGCCUGGACUUUGUGGAGAUUCCGUCUGCGCAUCAGGACGGCUCGCUCCAUCUUAGCGUUGUCUAGUGGUCUGUGUAUUAUGAGAAAGGGAAGUCCAGGGACUUAACCAUCUGAAGCAAGCACGAGGAGAUGUCAUGGUAAAGAAUAAAGGUCAACGCUCCGAGGGCGAGGUUGGACUCAUCUUUGUACAGUAAUUGAUUAUUAAUCAAGUUAGUUGAUUUCCGAAAAGGGGAAACGAAAGUCAGGAGGAC